AUUUAUUUUUAUUGAUUUAUGCAUAUAAGAACUGGGGUGUAGUUCAGAGGUGUUGGGGUGUAUGUGAGAGGAUUCACCAGAGACAGAGUGGGGAGAAGGCUUCCCAUCAGCGGAUCUGGUGAAAUACACUGCUGAGGGGAGCAGCUGGAGAGGCAGGAGAGGUCUGCUUUGCCUUGUGAGCUAACUCCUGGUCCAGGAGGAUCAAACUUAUGCUGCAGUGGCUGCUGAUAGCUUGAUAGUGCUGAGACUUAACCGCUUGUGCCACCAGGGAGGCCCUAGUAUGGUAACUAUUGAUAGGUGUAAUCCACGUAAAUGAAAAGUUCUUUGAGGUACUUUCAAGUUUUACAUGCCUAUAAGCUCCUGGAGUGAUUGAGAUCUGUUGUCUUAGAUAUUAUUCAGAGUUUGGGAGUAGAAAGUACAGGUGAAAAGAUGAUAUAUCUGAGAGUUAAACUAGAAAGUUCAUGAUCUCAGCAAUGUAGUAUUUGGAAGAUGAACAUGAAAUCUUGGGUUUUUAUCAGUGACAGAAUCCUACAGUGUGAGGCAGUCAUGUAAUACAUAGUGUACAUUUUUGUAGUCUGUUAUCACAGGUUCAAAUUUCAGUUUUAUUUAUAAGGAGUAUGUGACCUUGGGCAAAUUAUUUAAAGCCUGGGUCUUGUUUUCCUCCUCCAAAAAAGAUCCAGAAAAGAUGGAGGAUAUCAUUUGUCCCUGUGAGAAGUAAAUUGAGGUACUAUAGAUCAAUUGUUGCAUAGUGGUUGAAAGCACAGACUUUUGGAUCAGACUGGGGUUAAAAUCACAGUUGUGUCACUCUGUGAUUUUAGUCCAGUUACUCAUUCUCUGGGUCACCCUUUCUUAUGUGAGGAGAAUAAUACUGUCUACUUACUGAGGUAAUGCAUGUGAAGUACUUCAUAGGUCUUCCUGGUGGUGAGUGCUCUAUGAAGGUUAACUAUUAUGUACCGAGUGCAAAGCGUGGCAGAUGGGCACUCGACAAUACAUUUGCCUUUGCCAAUAUCUGAGGGUUUCUUAUUUUUCCAUGGUAUAUCACUGAGAUUAUGUUUGCAGUUGAACUUAUGUUAACAUAAGUUUCUUUGCUGCUUAUUCCAGCCUCUCCUCAAACUAGUAUUUACAGUCUUUGGCCACUAAGAUCCUUUCUGUCUGGUUUCUCUAGAUUUUGCCUGUACGAUUAGAUACCUAGUUACUAGUUUUCCUAUUCUUGGUAAGAUAUAAACUGCUUCUAUUAGUACACUUGUCUCUUACAGAAUGUUUGCUUUUUUGCUAUCACAGUUACUUCACGUGAAUUUAUGUAAGUAUUCAUUGAGUUCUUAGCCUGGCUCUGAAAGUACGCAAAUAUUUAAUGUAUAAGUGUAAAGUGCAAGGAGCUUUUAUUACAGUAUUUGAGUGACACAUGAUGGGGUUAAUGAAUACAGCAAUAGAGAUAUACUCAUGGUUCAUAAUAGCUCAGCAGGAAAUGAUAAAUUCCUUUGUUUUUGGAGGAAUAGGGGAAGAAGGGCCCUUUUGAAGUUGGAUAUCUGAGUUGGCAUUUGAAGGAUGGAUGACUUGAGGCUAAAGAUGUCUGGCCACAGGGAGAGAUGAACAUUUCAGGCAGAAGCAAUAGCAAUUGUUAAAGCAUGGAGAUUUGUGAGAGGCAUGCCCAAAGAAAAAUACGAGCCCCCUGACCCUCGGAGGAUGUACACAAUUAUGUCCUCUGAGGAAGCAGCAAAUGGAAAGAAAUCACAUUGGGCAGAACUUGAAAUAAGUGGAAAAGUAAGAAGCUUAAGCUCAUCUUUGUGGUCAUUAACUCACUUGACAGCUUUGCAUCUGAGUGACAAUUUCCUGUCCCGCAUUCCUUCAGACAUUGCCAAGCUACAUAAUCUGGUGUAUCUGAAUCUGUCCUCAAACAAAAUCCGGAGUUUACCAGCAGAACUCGGAAACAUGGUAUCACUCAGGGAACUCCAUUUAAAUAACAACCUGUUACGAGUUCUACCUUUUGAGCUGGGAAAACUGUUUCAGUUGCAGACUUUAGGCCUGAAAGGAAAUCCACUUACCCAGGAUAUAUUGAACCUCUAUCAGGAACCUGAUGGAACCAGAAGGCUGCUGAACUAUUUGCUUGAUAAUUUGGCAGGUACUGCAAAAAGAAUUUCAUCAGAACAGCCACCUCCAAGAUCUUGGAUUAUGUUACAAGAACCAGACAGAACAAGGCCAACUGCCUUGUUUUCUGUCAUGUGCUAUAAUGUUCUUUGUGAUAAAUAUGCGACCCGGCAGUUAUAUGGCUACUGUCCAGCAUGGGCACUAAAUUGGGACUACAGGAAAAAGGCCAUUAUUCAAGAAAUCUUGAGCUGCAAUGCUGAUAUCAUAAGUCUUCAGGAGGUUGAGACAGAACAGUAUUACAGUUUUUUUCUGGUAGAACUGAAAGAACGUGGCUACAAUGGAUUCUUUAGUCCUAAAUCUAGAGCUAGGACAAUGUCAGAACAAGAAAGAAAACAUGUUGAUGGCUGUGCAAUAUUCUUCAAAACAGAAAAAUUUACUUUGGUUCAGAAACACACUGUUGAAUUUAAUCAGCUAGCCAUGGCAAAUUCAGAAGGGUCUGAAGCUAUGCUGAACAGAGUCAUGACAAAAGAUAACAUUGGAGUUGCAGUACUGCUAGAACUUCGAAAGGAAUUGAUUGAAAUGUCAUCUGGAAAGCCACAUCUUGGAACAGAAAAACAACUUAUGCUUGUGGCCAAUGCUCAUAUGCAUUGGGACCCUGAAUACUCUGAUGUGAAGCUGGUUCAAACUAUGAUGUUUCUCUCAGAAGUGAAGAACAUUAUUGAUAAAGCCUCACGAAACCUCCAGUCCAGUGUAUUGGGAGAAUUUGGAACUAUUCCACUGGUAUUAUGUGCAGAUCUUAAUUCUUUGCCAGACUCUGGUGUUGUAGAAUAUUUGAGCACUGGUGGAGUAGAAACAAAUCAUAAAGACUUUAAGGAACUGAGAUAUAAUGAAAGUCUUACAAACUUCAGCUGUAAUGGGAAAAAUGGGACAACAAAUGGAAGGAUCACUCAUGGUUUCAAGUUGAAGAGUGCCUAUGAGAAUGGCCUCAUGCCUUACACAAAUUACACAUUUGAUUUCAAGGGUAUAAUUGACUACAUCUUCUAUUCUAAACCUCAGCUGAACACUUUAGGCAUCCUGGGACCUCUGGAUCACCAUUGGCUAGUUGAGAAUAACAUCAGCGGCUGCCCACAUCCACUCAUCCCCUCUGACCACUUCUCACUUUUUGCACAACUGGAGCUCUUACUGCCUUUCCUGCCUCAAGUUAAUGGCAUUCACCUUCCUGGUAGGAGGUAGUCAAGUACCUUCAGAGGAUGACCUCAGUUUCACUUGUAAACACAUAAAACUCUGAAUAUUGGGGAGUGAGGUAUGGCCACUAGGGAUUUAGGGAUUUUUUUUUUUCCUUAAUGAUGAUUUGAAUUUUCAAUCUGAUUAUUUGAUAAGGAUAUAAGUAUGAAAGCCAGGUGCUAGCAACAGACAAAUUCUGAGCCCAAUAUGCUUUAUAUACUGUUAGACAGGGAUUGGUGUGUUUGCACCUAUCUUUAAAUUGUUACAAGUAAUUUUCCUGUUUCUUCUAUCUAAUAUAAUAUUUUCAUGCCUUGAAAUAGGAAAGUGUUUGAACAGCAUAUUCUCUUUGCACAGAAAUCUGUAGCACUACUUUUUUGAGGCCAGUAAUACCAUCCAGUGACCAUUCUUCCAUACCCUACUCCCUCCUUUUUCAGACUUGUUUGUAUAAUACAGAAUUUGAAUUUAGCCUUUAUGAUUGUAUAUGAUCCACAGAAUACCUGAUUUAUGAAAUUUUGUACUUAAAAAAAAAAUCAGAUUUGGAAAUGAUUGUAUUGUAAAACUAAGGCUAAGGGUUUUUUUUUUUUUUUUUUUUUUUUUUAAAACCUGUUUCAUGCGUUAUAAAGGCCAGCUUGUAAAAGAAGUUGCAACAGACUUUCUCUGCUGAUGAUUUGCACUGUUGGGGUUUUGUUAGCCCUUUUAUACUACUUUAUUUUUAAAUUGAGAACAUUGCUCUUUAAAUCUAAAACUCUUUAAAGCUUAGAUUUUCUCAAACCAGAGGCAACUUAUCUAUGAAUUCCUGGGUUUUUACGUAAACUUUAUCUACGGGACAGAUAAACUGAGCAGUGAAUCAUCUGUAGGCAUUUGUGAAUUGAAUGUAAUGGUUGAUAUAUGUACAUUCUGAUAUUUUUAAAUUUUUAACUUUUUUAAGUUAAAAAAUUCCAGCUGCUUAGGGUACAGUUUCUUAACUCCAUUUUAGACGCUUCCUGUCCUAUCUCCACUGUGCCUGCCUAAAUUUGUUCUCACCAAGCACUGCCUGUGCAUGCAGAGAAAAUCUGUGCAUCCUCUUUUAUAUUUUUUAAAUAGUUUAACAUUUGUGAGAAUUUUAAGAAAAUGCUUUUGUAUGAGCUGUGGCUUUUUUCCAUUGUGAAGCAUUGAAUAUCACAUUUUGGAACAUGUUCAUAGGGUGGGUCCUGGGUCUUUGCUCACCAGACCCCAAGCACUGCUUAUUGGUGUCAUUCAUUGCACAGUGCUGUUGUCACCCAGAAUACUACUAUCAUGUGAUUGUUUUCCAUGUAUUCUUUAGUCUUCAUGUUUUUUAAAAAUCAUUCCUUUUUUGAAGAAAAUAAUUUUCCAUUUAUGGAAAUAAGAUGUAUUUUCAAAACCGGUCCCUAAGACAAUUCUUCAGAUCAUUUUUUUAAAGUGACUAAGUCAUUUUAAUAUGUCAACUAAGAUAAAAGUUAUACUGUACCCUGUAUUUUGCCCGUAGUGCCAUUAAUUAAUUAGAGAUUAAAGCCAGCAUUCACCUUAUAAAGUUUAACUCGUGUAUAUUCUGUUCUUAAUUCUUUCAUUCUUCUCUCAAAAAUCAAAUGAAUUCAGAGGGAGCUUGGUCUUAACUGCUUUUGUUUCAACUGCAGGCAGGGGAGCAAAAGGACACCAUGUGAGCAUUAAGAAAAAAAUUGUUGAAUGUUCUUAACAAUUUUUAUACAGAGAUUUAGUCAUUUUGGAUAAUGACUUAAAAUUUUAUGAUAAAAUGUCUAGCACUUAAUUGUGCUUACUCUGUUUUUAAGAGAAAAUAUAAUUACAUAUUGUUUAAAUAAGCAAUUUUUUUUCCUUUUUAAAAAAAUUCUCCGAAAAGUUUUGAUCUUAAGUCUUUGUCUGGGACGUGGUUUUUCCUUUGAGGUUUUCUAAGAUUUUGUUGUGAUGUGUUGUUUUGGGUUUUUUUUUUUUUUUUUUUUUUUUAAUUUUUUGCUUUUCUUUUAAGUUGUGCUGACACCAAACACAUCCAGUUUAUAAUCAGUACAUUGGAAAGCUGGUAUUAUUGAUACAGAACCAAUGCAUAACUUUUUUUUUAAUGUGGGGUUUUUUUUUUUUUUUUUUGUAAAGUGUGAAUAAAAGGUGUGUUUACUCAUUUUUCCUAAACACUGUGUUGGUAAUGUGCAUCAUGACAAUUUCCAGCAAGGGCGGGCUGGAGCUAGUUGGACUGAUGAGAUGAAAACCGCUUUUCCUAUGAUCUGCAUUAUGUAAUCACAGGUCCAGAGAGCUUUAUGGAAGGGGAGGGGAGAAGCACUUACUCGUUUUGUAUUUGUUAAUGGAGGAUGUAUUCUUUUCAUAGAUGCUGGAACUAGAGUGCACUUGUUAGAUUCUAAAGGUUUGAGCUUUAUACAAAAUGUUUUCAUCUGUAUUUGUUAUUGUCUACAAUAUAUUUGAAUUUGGGAACAGCAUAGUAAGAUAAAAUGGCCUGUUAUGUCUUGAAAAUACUUGUUUUUGCCUCUUCUGGGCUUACUGCAUUCUGUGGGUCAGUUUGAACAGCUUCUCUACCUUACUUAAAUAGUGGUAAGUUGAACCAAGAGUGUAGAUUUGUAACUGUAACCUUCAAAAGAGAAGAAAAUAUUUUGGGUCUAUACAGAAUAAACAGUCACACCAAAAUAGGCUAUGAUACCUUGUUUAGCAAGAUUUUGUGUUUUAAAUGUUUCCGUGUCCUGAACAAUUUCCAAUAAUCCACACUUCCUAAAAUGCAAUAAUAAAAACUAGUAUGUUU